UUCAGGACCAGACUUCAAAGAGAAACUGCUGAGCUUCAGUUCAUCUGCAAAUUUGACACCAUCAGCUCAGGAUUAAACAAAGACUGUGAAUGGCUUGCCAAUUACAGAACCAGUUUCUCCUCCUUUGGUUUUCACACCUCAACUGCUAGAACAGGGCCUCAUCCUCCCUGAUUGAACUACCUCAUUAUCUCUAGCUUGCCUGCAUAUAUAUACCUGCCCCUGGAAAUUUCCACUACAUGCAUCUGACGAAGUGGGUAUUCACCCACGAAAGCUCAUGCUCCAAAACGUCUGUUAGUCUAUAAGAUGCCACAGAAUUCUUUGCUGCUUUUACAGAUCCAGACUAACACGGCUACCCCUCUGAUAUUGAUUAAGGUUUACCCAUGAGUCUGUCCAUAGAAACUAUUCCGAAAGUUCUGAGCAAGUGAAAAGAUGCUUCCAUCCAACAAUGAAGCUUUAUAUUAUAUAUUGUGACAGACCCAGGCCAGUGGGGUACAGGAGUCUGGUAGAGGGCAAAUAUACUGGUCACUGGGUGAGUAGUUUUCUGUUCCCUGAGUGACCAGAGCAGGGGCUGCACUAGAGUAAUCAGGAACUUGCUAGAACCAAUUAAGGCAGACAGGCUGAUUAGAACACCUGCAGCCAAUCAAGGCAGGCUAAUCAGGGCACCUGGGUUUAAAAAGGAGCUCACUCCAGUCAGGGAGGGGGGAGCCAGAGGAGAAGAAGUGCGUGUGAGGAGCUGGGAGCAAGAAGCGCAAGGAGCUGAGAGUGAGAGGGUGUGCUGCUGGAGGACUAAGGAGCAGAAGCGUUAUCAGAUACCAGGAAGAAGGUCCUGUAGUGAGGAUAAAGAAGGUGUUUGGAGGAGGCCAUGGGGAAGUAGCCCAGGGAGUUGUAGCUGUGAUGCAGCUGUUACAGGAGGCACUAUAGACAGCUGCAAUCCACAGGGCCCUGGGCUGGAACCCGGAGUAGAGGGUGGGCCCGGGUUCCCCUUAAACCUCCCAACUUCUGAUCAGACAGAGAAGUUGACCCAGACUGUGGGAAAGACCACUGAGGUGAGCAAAUCUGCCAAAUAAGUGCAGGACCCACCAAGAUAGAGGAGGAACUUUGUCACAACUAGCGUCAAGAGUGGGAUUUGGUGUGCACAACACGGCGGAAGAAGUAGGGUGAUUUAAAAAAAAAAAAAGAGGAUUUUUUAUUUUUUCACCUCAAUGGAUUACUUAGUGCGGGCAUUGAUACAAGCUAUGGUGGCCCAGCAGGCUACCCAUGUCCAGGCAGCCGCCCAACAGGAGGCAGUGCGUCUGCAGCAAGACACUAAUCACCUGCUGAUGGACCAGGCUUCUCAAGACCGAGCUAUGUUGCGGGAACUGGUAAACCAGGUAAAGACCCUUACAGAGCUGAACCCCGGCCAUGAUCGGAUGCGACUCAUACGGGCCAGCCAUUGGCCGCAGAAAAUGAUGCGGGAGGAUGAUGUAGAGGCAUACCUUCUGGCCUUUGAGAGGACAGCCCUACGGGAGACCUGGCCUCGAGAUCAGUGGUCUGGCAUCCUUGCCCCAUUCCUCUGUGGGGAGGCUCAGAAGGCCUACUAUGAUCUGCCUGAAGAGGCUGCAGCAGACUACACCCAGCUGAAAGCAGAAAUCCUGGCCAGAUCUGGGGUAACAACUGCAGUGCGGGCUCAGCAGUGUCACGAAUGGAGGUACCAGGAAAACAAAACCCCGCGGUCCCAAUUGUAUGACCUCAUCCAUCUUGCAAGAAAGUGGUUGCGAAUGGAAUCCCGGAGUCCGGAAGAGAUACUAGAGGUUCUGGUCAUCGACCGAUACAUGAGGGGGCUACUGCCAGACCUUCGUGCUUGGGUAAGCCAAAACGAACCCUUCACCUAUGAUGAGGUUGUCUCACUAGUAGGGAGGCAAAGGACAGCGAGGGAGCUGACCCAACCAGUUAAGGAAGAGGCAGCUCGGGUUAAACUAGCAGCAUCAAGCCUUAGAGCUUGGGUGACUGGGCGACCAGGAGAUCACAGGUGGAAAAAGAGAGGGGCUGAAGGCCCACCAGAAGCCACAAAGAGUCAGAGCACGGAGGGAGAAGAGAAUCGUGAUGUUAGACUGCCCAAACCAAGAGACUGGGGAAUGCCUAAGCCCCAUACAGAUGUUAUGCCUGCGGGGAGUGGAGACAUAUAGCUGCACAGUGUCCCAAUGCUGAGGAGCCUAUGCAGUGUAACCUGGCGAACUGGGCAGAUCCAUGCUCCCUAAUCUACCUUGUGGGGGUCUCACUAACCCCACAUAUGUACACCAGACCAGUAAAGCUAAAUGGGGUAGAGAGCACAGCACUGGUUGAUUUGGGGAGUGCUAUCACACUUGUCUCGGGGAAGCUCAUGAAGUGUAGUCAGCCGCUGCGGGCUAAACAUAUGGGGAUAACAUGCGUCCAUGGGACAGUUUGUUAUUACCUCACUAUCCCAGUAAAAAUCGAGAUUCAGGGGAACGCUACUGAGGUAGCAGCAUGUGUAGUCCCUAAACUCCCAUACCCGGUGCUCGUAGGGAGGGACUUUCCAGGGUUUGGAGACUUACUCCCAGUAGGAGGACUGGAGAAAGAGGGGAACCCUGAAGUUAGUGAGGCAUCCACAGUAGGCUGUCAACCUCCAGUCUUCUCUGAAAUAUCCCCAGAUUUAUUUUCCAUUCCCAGACAAGAUAGAAAGUCGAAAAGGGAAAGGAGGGCAGCUAAGGCCUUGGGAACCCGAAUACUGACCCAAAGCCAGAGAGUCGCUCUCGUAGGUAGGCGGACCCGAGCAGCUGAAAAGGAGGCCACCCUGGAGGGAGAAACACCCGAGUCUGACCCCCACCCUAACGCUUCGGAACCAGUAGAGGCAACAGAGACUGGCCCCCUAGAUCUUGGGUAGAUUAGCCCCCGAAGAGGAAAUUUUGGACGGGACCAGGCUGAAGACCCAAGGUACAACAACAUUAGAAAGGAGGUGACUGAAAUAGAUGAGGUCCCCGUGGAAGGGAAAACCCAGGGACCAGGACC